AUGCGGAUCCUGCUGCACUCCCACUUUCCCGCAGGGCACGCAUAUCCCAUGCAGGCCGUCGCCCAGGCCCUCGUGUCGCGCGGCCACGACGUCGUCUGGCUCACCUCGGCCGGCAACGAGGCGCGCGUCCGCGCAACCGGCGCAGCCUUCGCCCCGACGCGCGCCCUCGCCAGCCUCGACGAGCCGCUGAUGAAACGAGACGCGACGGGUCUCUUCGACGCCCCCGGGAGCCAGCUUCGCGGACGGCUGGCGGCGCAGGUGGCCGACUACCGCGCGGUGCUGGCCGAGUUUCGCGCAGACGUCUUGCUCGUCGACGUCUUCCCCAAUGGCGCGCGCGCGCUGUACGACCUGGGCGAGAUUCCCGUCUAUGCCACUCUGGGCGUCAUUCCGCUGUAUGCUUCGACGGCAGCGUCGCCCGUGGCGGCGUCUGGCCAGCCGCCACCAACAUCCUGGCUGGGCUUGCUGGCAAAUGCCGUCCUCCAUGCGCUGCAUCGAUGGGCUGUGCUUCCGUGGUCUGUCGUCUCGGUCAUCGACCAGCAACGGGCUGGAGUAGGCCUUUGCGGACUGCGGUACGCCGAGCCGCCCGAGUUCCUCAGCUACAGUCCGCACCUACACAUCCAGGCAUCGUCACCGCGGCUCGAGUUCUUCCAGAGCGCCGGUUCGCCGCAGCACCGGCGCAACACAAUGUACGUCGGCCCGCUCGUCACCAAAAGUGCACUGGACACUACCAAUCUUCCGUCGUGGUGGCCCGAGGUCGUGGCCCAUGGCCGUGUUGUUGGCGUCACGCAGGGGACGUUGGCCAUGGACCCAACCUCGCUCAUCCUUCCGGCAAUCGUGGCUUUGCGAGACGAUCCGAGCAUUUUGCUCGUUGUGGUGUCGCCGCACGUCAAAGACAUCGAGGCGCGAGUCGGGCGACCCGACAAUGUUCGCUUCGCGACCUGGAUGCCAUACAGUAUGCUCUUGCCCCAGCUGUCUCUGCUCAUCACCAACGGCGGCUACGGCAGCAUCACGCAAGCGAUAUCACACAAGGUCCCGCUGCUUUGCGCCGGGCAGUCGGAGGACAAGAGGGACACGGCGGCGCGGGUCGUCUGGGCCGGGGUCGGCAUUGAUCUCAAGACGGACAGCCCGACGCCCGAGCGCGUGAGAGCGGCAACGCGCCAGAUCCUCGACGACAGUGGAUACCGAGGUAGGGUAUGCGCCGUGGGUGAUGAGCUCAACGGUCUAGGGGGAGCUGAAACUGCAUGUGAGCACCUCGAAGCUCUGGCCAGGGGCUCUACGCCACGUGUUUUGCGGUAA